CCUAUAUAACCUGAGCACCAGCGCAGCCGGGACACGAGGAAUUCGCCCACGCAGAAGACACGGCGUACGGAGGCCCCCAGGGUUAUGAGACCAUCACUGCUCAGGUUCUACUAACAACAACAGGAAACUGAAACAUGACCAAAUCUUACAGCGAAAGCGGGCUGAUGAGCGAACCUCAGCCCCAAGGUCCUCCAAGCUGGACAGAUGAAUGUCUCAGUUCUCAAGACGAGGAACACGAGGCAGACAAGAAGGAGGACGACCUCGAAGCCAUGAACGCCGAGGAGGACUCCCUGAGGAACGGGGGAGAGGAGGAGGAGGAAGAUGAGGACCUGGAAGAGGAGGAAGAAGAGGAAGAGGAAGAUGAUGAUCAAAAGCCCAAGAGACGUGGUCCCAAAAAGAAGAAGAUGACCAAGGCGCGCCUGGAGCGUUUUAAACUGAGGCGCAUGAAGGCCAACGCCCGGGAGCGGAACCGCAUGCAUGGGCUGAACGCGGCGCUGGACAACUUGCGCAAGGUGGUGCCCUGUUACUCCAAGACGCAAAAGCUCUCCAAAAUCGAGACAUUGCGCUUGGCCAAAAACUACAUUUGGGCUCUGUCGGAGAUCCUGCGCUCAGGCAAAAGCCCUGACCUGGUCUCCUUCGUACAGACGCUCUGCAAGGGCCUGUCCCAGCCCACCACCAACCUGGUUGCGGGCUGCCUGCAGCUCAACCCUCGGACUUUUCUGCCCGAACAGAAUCAGGAUAUGCCCCCGCACCUGCCGACGGCCAGCGCUUCCUUCCCAGUGCACCCCUACUCCUACCAGUCUCCGGGGUUGCCCAGUCCGCCCUACGGUACCAUGGACAGUUCCCAUGUCUUCCACGUAAAGCCGCCACCGCACGCCUACAGCGCCGCGCUGGAGCCCUUCUUUGAAAGCCCGCUGACUGACUGCACCAGCCCUUCCUUUGAUGGACCCCUCAGUCCGCCGCUCAGCAUCAAUGGCAACUUCUCUUUCAAACAUGAACCAUCCGCCGAGUUUGAAAAAAAUUAUGCCUUUACCAUGCACUAUCCUGCAGCGACACUGGCAGGGGCCCAAAGCCACGGAUCAAUCUUCUCGGGAGCCGCUGCCCCUCGCUGCGAGAUCCCCAUAGACAAUAUUAUGUCCUUCGAUAGCCAUUCACAUCAUGAGCGAGUCAUGAGUGCCCAGCUCAAUGCCAUCUUUCACGAUUAGAGACACGUCAGUUUCACCAUUCCCGGGAAACGAACCCACUGUGCUUACAGUGACUGUCGUGUUUACAAAAGGCAGCCCUUUUGGUACUACUGCUGCAAAGUGCAAAUACUCCAAGCUUCAAGUGAUAAAUGUAUUUAUUGUCGUUACUGCCUUUGGAAGAAACAGGGGAUCAAAGUUCCUGUUCACCUUAUGUAUUAUUUUCUAUAGCUCUUCUAUUUUAAAAAAAUAAUAAUACAGUAAACUUAAAAAAAAAGUGCACCUAGAAUUUGGUGUAGCUGUAUUCAGAUCAUAUUAAUUAUCUGAUCGGGAUAACAAAAUCACAAGCAAUAAUUAGGAUCUAUGCAAUUUUUAAACUAGUAAUGGGCCAAUUAAAAUAUAUAUAAAUAUAUAUUUUUCAACCAGCAUUUUACUACUUGUUACCUUUCCCAUGCUGAAUUAUUUUGUUGUGAUUUUGUACAGAAUUUUUAAUGACUUUUUAUAAUGUGGAUUUCCUAUUUUAAAACCAUGCAGCUUCAUCAAUUUUUAUACAUAUCAGAAAAGUAGAAUUAUAUCUAAUUUAUACAAAAUAAUUUAACUAAUUUAAACCAGCAGGAAAGUGCUUAGAAAGUUAUUGUGUUGCCUUAGCACUUCUUUCUUCUCUAAUUGUAAAAAAAAAAAAAAAAAAAAAAAAAAAAAUUGCACAAUUUGAGCAAUUCAUUUCACUUUAAAGUCUUU